AUGGCGGGAGCGUUUGAGUUGUACUGGCAGUCCGCCAUCGGCAGGGCCGUCAUGGAGACGCUGGACGAGAUGGUCCUUAGCCCCGAUCAUGCCAUCAGCGUCCAAGUACAGUUCGAUCAGUUCAUGAGCACUGGACAACCAGCUCAAGAGCAAGGCCUUCUUCAAUGGAAGAUGCAGAUGACUUGUGUGCUUGAUUAUGGUUGGCUUGUGUGCUUAAUUAUGAAGUUAAUUACUCGGCCGCCACAGGGAAUUAUUCUUUUGGGAUCAUAUUUAUUCUCCGCAAAAAGUAAUCUCAACUUGCUUAAAGGCCACAUUUGGCAGUUGCUUAAACCUUCUGGACAAGACACACAGACAUACAACUAUGUGACAACUUAA